AUGCCGCAAUUCCAACUUUUGGGACUCCCGCUUGCACGGUUGUGCGACGAAGUGGUUCAAGGACUCAGAUUGCCAUUUGAGAAAACCAUCGAGUCCGAUUCAGAUGACUCGGACGAAUCGAGCAUCGAUAGUAGCUCCGAAAGCGACGUCCGAAGCAAUGAGCUCAAUACGCGGACUGAGUUGGGCCAGAACACGGCCGAAAUCGACCAAAUUCUCUCAUCACUCGUCAAGCUGUCCUUCCGCAUCAGAGGGCCUACCUCUAGAACAGCGCAAAUAGACGCGAGGGCUAUGAGCCACAAGGAGAUGGUUUCUGUUGAACACUCAGAGCCUGUUGAUCUGAUGUUUUCUUAUGAAACUUUUGAUAGGCAGUACGUGGAUGAGGUGUUUCGACAAUUUCACAGGGAAGCUUUCGAGGGGGGCGCCGCCCAGGCAUCCGAUGCGGCUUUCGUCGACGAAAGCAAUUCAACUGGAGAAGCGAAGAACAGCGCCAGCUAUUUGAAAGACAUUUGGGGUAAGUCGAUCACCAAUCGGCGACGGAUAUUUGCCUACUGGCGUCGGCACGCCAGGAAGCUAGCCAAAGAAGAGCCAACGGCCCGACCCAGAGAGAUCGCAAUCCGACAGUCCCAGCCUCUUCCCAUGGCCUCCGAGCCCGCACGCGUGCCCGAGGCCUCUACAUUGUUGCAAAACCUUGCCCCCUCUCAGGUGCCGAGCUCUGCCGUCCGGACUAUGCUAUCCGGAACGGAAGCGACCAUGUAUCGUAGCGACGAUGUGGAUCUCGACACUGGUUCGGUAGUGUCCUACGCCUCAACUGCUUUCGAUGCCGAUGGAAUCUCUUCUGAGCUUCCGCCCCCACCAUCAAUCAAGCCGGGACAUACAGAGGAGCAUAUUGUACGAGAUAUCCAGCCAUACAUGUGUACCUACGAUGACUGCACUGAGGCCGAGACGAUGUAUCCCAGUAAAGCUUCGUGGUUAGAGCACGAAGCCAAGGCCCAUCGUCGGGUUUGGCGCUGUUUUGAGCACAAGGACUUGUUCAAAUCGCGGUCUGCCUUGGUCAGACACUUCGAAGUCUCGCAUCCGAACCUUAGCGAGGCGCAGAUCCAGCAUAUGUCUGAACUUGCCGUUGUCAGUACCAAGGAUGAACGUGUGGUCUGCCCGUACUGCCAAUCUCACGGACCGUUUGAGAGUAAUCUAGCCGAUCACAUAGCUUUACACAUGGAGCGAAUGGCUUCUUUUGCCGUGCCCAGAAGCUCGGGUGAAGAAGACGACUCGACUCAUGGAGGCAACUCUGGAGCUGCUCAAGGUGCACGUUCUGCAGCGUCUCUUCGGUCUGUCAGCCUGAGAUUCUCGAGCAGUCAAAGUGAUCAAUCCUCUGGCCAUACCCUUGAUAUCAAUCAGGACGACAAAGCAAGUGCGUUCGAAGAUGCAGACGCUAGCAGCGAGAAUAAACCCCCGCCUCGUUCGACUCAAGAUUUGUUAGGCCCUGACCACGACCGGAAGUCCUUUGAAGAACACCUCCAGAAGUAUCAUCCAGGAACCUGCGAGUGGUUUUUGUGCUCAGAAAGAUACAAGGAGUGGGUUGACACGCCAGGAGAAACGCUCUUCUGUCCUGGACUGCCGGGAGCUGGCAAGUCAGUUCUGUCGUCAGUGGUGUUUCAAGACCUUCAACAGACAAUCCAGCAGUUUCAUCCCGCUGCGAUACUCGUGAUAUCUGGGGAGAACUACGGGGCGGAGAACGACAUGGUGAACUUGUUGCGAAGCCUGUUGAAACAACUCUUUGAAGCGUGCAAAGAUCGAGGCUUUGCCCUUAAUCGCAGGCCUGAGGACUUUGACACGAGUCUAAAAGAGACGACUUCCCUUGAUUUGUUACGCACUGCCCUUCAGGAAAUGGUGACUGAUUUCUUCAGGGUAUUUAUCAUCAUCGACGGAUUCGAUUUAAUUUCUGAUAGUGACUCUGGGAAAGCCACCUUUAUCAAAUUGUUAUGGGAUAUCACGCAGGGAAGUUUCACAAGCAUUCUAGUAACGUCAAGAGAUACUCCAAACAUUCUCAGGCUGUUCAAACGCAGCUCAACACAGAGAAUCGAGGCUCCAGCUUGUGAUAUGGAGGGGUAUAUUCGGAGUGCUCUGAAGAAGGCCGCGCGAAAAAUACCGCCAGAAAAGUUUGAUGAUUUAGCGGCCAUGAACCUAAUAAGAAACGCGACAUACUAUUCAAACGGCGUAUUCUUGGCUGCUCGCAACUAUGUGAAAUCCCUUACUUUCGACAUUGAAAACGGUGUACAUCUGGACAGCAUGCAGCUCGAUCUUAUGAUGGACGACUUCUAUGAGGAAACCAUAGACCGCAUACUAAGCCAGAAGAGGCCAAAGGCGCCUAUUCUUCUGCUAGAGUUCAUGUUACGCUUUGACCGACUCAAAACUGAGGAGUUCAUGCAUCUACUUGACAUCGGCCCAGGGUACAACAGAUAUCGCCGCGAAGAAAUCGCAGCUAAGACUAUCUCCUCCUGUGCUGGUCUUGUCGUCGUUUCUGGCGGUUAUCUCGAAUUCUGUCAUCCCACAAUAUCAGGGUCUCUCUCAACAUUGCGCUUUAAAUUCGAAAGAAGCGCGGUAGUGACCUCAUCACUACAAUGCAUCGAGUAUCUUUCAGUAACCGGGGUCAAUCGCGGGCCAAGCAAGACAGACUUUGACUGGGAACAACGGUUGAACUCUGAACCAUGUCUUCCUCUCGUGGCAAGGUCGUGGGGCACAUUUGUUCGAGAAGCGUUGAGCGACUUGAGCGACGACACGCAUGAUGGACGGGCUAUACUGAAGCGUUGCAAAGAAUUUUUCAGCGGCAAAGAAAGGGUGCAAGCAGCUAUUCAAGCCUUGAUACUGACGGAACGCGCCCCUAGCGGUCCGGGGUACUCCCAAAACUACCCGCACUCAUGGACUAAGUUACAUUUGGCGACGUACUUUGGGCUCACCCAAAUCUUGCAGGUGAUGCUGAAGGAGGCCAACGAGGAUACCAGAGAGUGGCUGAACUGGGCCGACGACGACUCCCUGGUUUUGUUAGCAGCAGAACAGGGCCACUUGUUCACGCUGCAAGAACUCCAUCGCGCUUGGGACAGGCCUGGUCAGACAUUCAAGGCUGGCGACGGCGACCGAGCAGUAUCGAAGGCAGCUCGGAAUGGGCACGCAGAUGUGGUGAAUUAUCUGGCAAGUGUGGGCGUACUCUUGACAGCAACGCCUCUACGCCUCGCGGCUGAGAAUGGCCACAUGGACGUCGUAAAGAUUCUGCUCGAGCGCGGUGCGCCGGUCAACGCAAAUGCUAGGGAGGCGCAGCCGCUGCAUGGGGCUGUCACUGCAGGACACGUGGAAAUCGCGCAGGUUUUGAUCGAAAGCGGCGCGGAUAUCAACUACAAUAAUGGCGAGUUUCUUUCCAUCGCCGCUGAAAGGGGGAACGAAGCCAUGGCCGAGCUGCUCCUCGCGAAUGGAAUCGAUGUGAACGGCGCAAGCCCAACAGCAAAACCAGCGCUUUCCUACGCGAUUCAGACCAAGAAUAUCGACAUUGUAGAUCUUCUGCUCAUCUACGGCGCGGACCCUAACCGAACGGGUUGGUAUCUGAGCCCGAUGGACUAUGCGAUUGAGACUGGGGAUGAUGAACUUAUUCGAAAGAUAAGGGAGGCAAAGGAGAGAUUCGACAGUGUUAGGUCAGCCAAAGAAGAUGACCUUGAUCGAAGUAUCAAGGAGGCCAAAGAGAAAUUCGACGGUAGUGAUUCAGGUCAGAAGAAUAGCCUUAUUCGAAUGAUGAUGGAGGCCCAACAGAGGUGGAGUAGUCAGAAUUCUACUCAGGAAUAG